AUGAAUGUGGUGUCACCGCAGUUCUUUGAGAAACCCAAGGAGCUGAUGGGCAACGAGCAGCCGGAUGACCUGCUCUUCUUUGUCAUCAAUGAAGCCUACCAGGGGGAUGCACCGGCGCUGCUGGUGCGGCGGAAGGGGGCGUGCCUGCCAGAGGAUCUGGGGCGUGGCAGCGCGGAGGCAGAGCAAAUCGACUGGUGCCGCUCUGUGCUGCUCAACCUUGUCAUCCAGGCGUCCUUCGUCCUCACCGUCGCCACCUGCAGGCAUGUGAAUCUUGAGGGACAGCGUUCCAGUGAGGAGCGUCCAACGAUUGGAUAUCCAGACAUCAGCUUUGCAGUGGAGGACUUUGAUGACGCCUUCAAGUCUCUGAUCCUGACAGAGCCCGGCUGGUGCUACGUGGUCUCCCUGUCUGCCACGGGCGGCAUGGCGCUGGCAGCAAUGCCAGGCAUGCAGGCUGCAGCAGCCGCCUCCACUGACAGCACGGCAGAAGCCAAGAGGAGCCUGUCAGGGGCCACCAGCCUUGAAGAGCGGCUGGCAGCGCUCGAUCUGCAGACGCCAGCAGCAGAUGAAUCCGCCACAGACCUGCCUACAGCUCCUGGCUCUGUAGAGAAGCCAGAAGCACACAGCAAAGCUUCUGGGCAGCAUCCGCAGCAGCAUUCGCAGCCUGCAUCUGCUUCAGAAGCUUUCCACGACGACCCUCUGAGGAGGGCCAAUCCUCCCAGUACAGUCUCUACCGGCUUGAGCAAGCCUCGGGCAGCAGCCAGAGAGGGACAGGGGGGACAGGCAGGCACGGGGGACCCUGGGGGGCCAGUGGUGAAUGUGCAGCUGUUCACGGGGUUUGUGAGCUAUGAGCAGCUGGAGGAGGUGAUCGGCAGCGGCUGGGAGCGACGCGCGGCCGCCCGGAAAGAGAUGACUCACUGGAUCAAAAUGAAGGGCCCAGGGAACCAGGGGCAUGCAGAUGUGGCAACCACGAGCCUGCCGCCGCUGGACGAGGGCCAUUUGAAGCCUGCUGUGGCAGAGGCCGCACCCAAGCCCAGGCAGGGCGGAGGGGCCUUCUCGCGCGCAUUUGACGCCGUCGCCCGGUCGGCCGCCGACGCCGCCAAAGGGCUGGUGAGGGAUGUGCUGGGGGCCCGGGAUAAUGGAGAGGAGGAGCACUUGCGGCUGCGCUGCGCGCUCAUGCGGCUCAGCCUGCCCAUCGAUCUCCUGGCCACUCAGCUGCUACAGUUGCCCCUUCUGGACCAGCUGCCCGCCUGACCACUGCAGUGCGCGCUGCAUUCGGCUGUCGGCGAGAAUUUGUGGGAAUGCAUUGUUGUGUACGGUAAUAUACCAUAUAUGUUUCCUACGCAAAGCAUAUGUUUGCUUUUGCAUGCGGGACGCUGACACGUUGAUCAGAAGCAGUGUACAUUAUAUUCAAUGCAGCACACGGCCGCAAAGCACUGGACAGACUUGCACCCUGCUCCAUGCUGGCAGGACUCAGAAUAAGUUGUACUUUA